CUGCGGGCUAUUCCAAGAUGCGCGUUAACUCGUAUUAUGCUCAACCUAUAACAGAGUUAUGCUCAUUGUUUGAGUAACUCAGAUGAUAUUUUAAUUAGAACUUAUGUAAAUAAGCUAAUUUCCAUUAGAUAUAUUUCAAUUUUCAAUGGCUUAUUUAUAAAAAAAAACACAAAUGUCGACUGAUAUAAAUAAAACUGAAGGGGAGUAAAACGGUGUAAUUGGCGGGAAAUUUGGCGGGAAAACGUCAUUGUUGUCAACAAAGUCCAUGUGAAGUUUUAAACUUUUGGAAUUAACGCCAUGGAUGUCGCUCAGCAAGCAGUUGGAACAAAUCAAGUGAAAGAUCAAGUCGGGGAACGAUGCCAAAAACUUUUUCAAGAUUUUCUAGAAGAAUUUCAAGAAAAUGGAGAGUUGAAGUAUCUACAAGAUGCCCAGGAAUUGAUCCGACCAGAGCGUAACACAUUAACAGUCAACUUUGAGGAUAUUGAAAGACACAAUCACAAUCUAGCUGUCACAAUUCUUGAGGAAUACUACAGAGUGUACCCAUUCUUAUGUCGCGCAGUAAGGAACUAUGCUCAGGACAGGGGUGAGGUACCACCUUCCAAAGAAUUCUAUGUCAGCUUUACUGGCGUUCCUUCUAGACUCAAAGUGCGUGAAUUGACAACUGCUAAGAUUGGCUCCCUAUUGAAAAUCACAGGCCAAGUUGUACGCACGCAUCCUGUGCACCCUGAAUUGGUCAGCGGCACAUUUAUAUGUCUCGAUUGCCAGACAGUCAUCAAAGAUGUUGAGCAACAGUUUAAGUACACACAGCCUGGGAUCUGUAGAAACCCGGUAUGCAGCAAUAGGCAGCGAUUCAUGCUUGAUGUCAACAAGUCACGGUUCGUCGACUUCCAGAAAGUUCGUAUCCAGGAAACACAAGCUGAACUACCCAGGGGGAGUAUACCAAGAAGUGUUGAGAUUAUCCUGAGGGCAGAAGCUGUGGAGACUGCCCAGGCUGGAGACAAGUGUGACUUUACUGGUACCUUAAUAGUGGUUCCUGAUAUUGGGAUGCUCUCAAUGCCUGGUGCUAGGGCUGAGACAGGCACUAGAAUGGGCAAAGGUGCUGAGGGUUAUGAGUCUGAGGGUGUUAGAGGGUUGAAGGCUCUUGGUGUUAGGGACUUGAACUACAGACUGGCCUUCCUAGCUUGCAAUGUCAGGUCUUGUAACACACGGUUUGGGUAUGGUGGCACCAUAGAAGCAGAGGGAGAAUUGACUGCCGAAGCUUUAAAAAAGAAGAUGACUCCAACUGAAUGGCAGAAAAUGUAUGAAAUGUCCCAGGAUAAAAAUCUCUAUUACAAUUUAUGUACCAGUCUCUUUCCAACCAUACAUGGAAAUGACGAGAUAAAGCGAGGUAUUCUGCUCCAAAUGUUUGGUGGUGUUCCCAAAACAACAAAAGAGGGGAUGAAUCUUAGAGGAGAUCUGAAUGUAUGCAUUGUAGGAGACCCCAGUACAGCCAAGAGUCAGUUUUUAAAACAUGUUGAAGAGUUCAGCCCCCGUGCCGUGUACACCAGUGGAAAAGCCAGUAGUGCAGCUGGUCUAACUGCAGCUGUGGUGAGAGAUGAGGAAUCGCAUGAGUUUGUUAUUGAAGCUGGAGCUCUGAUGUUAGCAGAUAAUGGUGUUUGCUGUAUAGAUGAGUUUGACAAGAUGGACCCCAAGGACCAGGUGGCAAUUCACGAAGCCAUGGAACAACAGACCAUAUCAAUCACAAAAGCGGGAGUAAAAGCUACCCUAAAUGCCAGAACGUCAAUCCUUGCAGCAGCGAACCCAAUCAAUGGACGCUAUGAAAGAACUAAAUCCUUGAAACAGAACAUCAACAUGACAGCUCCCAUCAUGUCCAGAUUUGAUCUGUUCUUCAUCCUGGUGGAUGAGUGUAAUGAGGUGAUAGACUAUGCCAUAGCCAGACGUAUUGUAGACUUACACGCCAGGAAUGAAGAGUCCAUAGAGAGAGUCUAUUCUACUGAUGAUAUUAUGCGAUACAUCUCAUUUGCAAGACUCUUUAAACCACAGAUUGCCAAGGAAACCUCAGAAUUUAUGGUCCAGGAGUACAAGAGGAUGAGACUAAGGGAUGGGAAUGGCAAGAUGUCUGCAUGGAGAAUCACCGUGCGACAGCUUGAGAGUAUGAUCAGGCUCUCCGAGGCAAUGGCUAGAAUGCACUGCUCUGAUGAGGUAACUCCAAAACAUGCUCGUGAGUCAUUCCGUCUGCUGAGUAAGUCUAUCAUCCGUGUAGAGCAGCCAGACAUCCAGCUAGAAGAGGAGGAAGAUACACCUGUAGAUAUGUCUCAAGAUACCGAGAACCAGGAGAAUCAGGCCCCUCCAAGUGCUUCUCCAGUGAAGGAGGACACAAGGGGAAAGAAACCUACAACACUCUCAUAUGAAGACUAUAAACAUAUGGCCAACCUGCUAGUAUUACACCUCAGGUCUACAAUUGGAGAGGAUGAAGAUUCUGAUGACUCUGGUAUGAAGCGCAGUGAUCUUGUCAACUGGUACCUCACUGAAAUAUCAGGGACCAUCGAUUCUGAAGAUGAACUUAUUGAGAAGAAAACUCUGGUGGAAAAAGUUAUAUAUAGACUUAUUAAUGCUGACAACGUUAUAAUAGAGUUGAAGCAAACAGGUCUGAAAGGUCGCAGCAAGCAUGACGAGGGAGAUAUCAUUGAUGAGGUCGACCCAAUACUUGUUGUACAUCCAAAUUAUGUCUUGGAGGAUGACCGAUAAACAAAGAGAGUGACAUUGUGGAAAUUGACUGUGCGGGUAUUCAACAUAUAACAUGUAUGUUAAUGUAGGAACAUUGAUCAAGACAUCGUAUAAAAUAUGUGGUACAAAGAGUACCAAAAAUGGAAAUCAGGAUUUCAGUGCUUAAUGUCCAUGUUCGUUAGUUUCAUCAGAACUUUUUUCUUACUAAUGUAAAUAGAACAAACCCAUUAUGCAGUGACAAUGUUGCAGUUGAUAACAGAUAUUUUUCUUAAUGAAUGGAAAGGUGUGUUGAUAUUUUUAUUAUGAUAUUUUGAACACAUAUCUUGUAUUGAAUAGCUUCCCAGCUAGGUAACACAGCUUUGUGAAAGAAAUGCUACAUUUGAAUCAAGUUACUAAUUCUACUGCAAACAUUGUAAAGCAUUUGUAUUUGUUUGUAUAUAUUUAUUAUUUUUUUGCGAUUGUAAAUACUACAGUGUACAUUGCCAAAAAAUCAUGAUUCAAAUCUGAUAGGAAGUUCAUUUUCUGAUAUAUUUUCUCUGUAUAUUUUAUAAAAAAGACAUGAAUGAAAAAUACUGAAAUUGUACAUACUAGUAUUAAACAUGUAAUAAAGACAUGUAAAAUAUAAUUGAAUAUGAUUUGUUUCCAUUUGUGUGCUAAUAAACCAGAGACAAUGCUGAAAUGCAGCUUAGUCUAUGUGAGCCUCCCAUCAUACAGCUGUGAUUGGUUAGAAUAAGAGAUAGGUAUAGAAAUGAAUUUGAUAUCAAAUCACGUAUGCCUUGUUUUCCAUAUAAGACAUGAGAGAAAAUUUUGAAAUUCAGUAUUCCAUCAAAAUAUCUCUGAAAGGCUACUUCUUAUCCAAAAUUCAAAAUUGGAUUUGCAAGAAGUAUUCUAUUAAAAAAGCAUCACUUUUAUAAGGACAUAUCUAGGCAUUGUCCUGCCUAAAAUUAUGUCUACAUUUUUCAAACUUGGUGUUUUGAUCUGAUUAAAGAAUAUCUAGUCCUCAAUGUCUUGAUCCCAGCAAAAUAAUUUCAAGUCAUUCAGAUAGUUUCUAAAGUAUGCUGAUUUUAUGUAUGUUGAAGGCAGAAUAAGAGAUACGGUUGUGGUAAAUUGCAAUAGCAUUUAUAAUUGCCCUACCAAAUGUAUUCCUUACCACCAUAAAUGGAUCCCAAAAUAUCAUUGAUAUCUCAUCAAAUUGUUAAGUUACUUAAAAUUACUAGUAAGAUUUGGAAAAAUAAAUUCAUAGAAAUUGAACAUAAAUGUAAACAAUUACUUUUUCUUGAAGUAAGUUUGAUUUAAGAAAAAUAUAGACUGAAGAGCAGGGGUAAUAUUGUCGA